AUGCCCAAAGUCGCAAAAACAAACAAACGCUCAAGAGCCCCUACCUUAAAUAUGGCAGCCGCUUCUGCGGGACCACCACAAGCUACAGAUGAUAGUAUCUACGACAUCCCGUCCACCGACGAGGAAGACACUAAUCGCUUCCUGCGACGGAAGCGACGAAGAGGCGGCCUUGAUGGCGUGACUGCAUCGCAUCAAGGCUCUCUGGUUUCCAGCAAGCCAAAUGCUGGGGAAAAUGGCAAGCAUCAAAGAGACACGAAAGUAACUCGAGCCAACCCUGAGAUAACACCCCAACGGGCGAGGAAAAGCCCGCAAGACCGAAGGAGGCCACAGGCCCAAAAGCAAGAUAGCGGAUCUUCACAGCCCAGUCCUAGGAGAUUGAGAGUAACACCGCCAUCAAUCCGUACCAAGAGACAACAGCAAGGGGAACUCUCUUCGGAUGAUGAAUUGCAAGGGCCGGUGACACAGAAGAGAUCACUGCAGACUGUGAAAGAGCCUAAGCUUAGCGUUCAACCGCCAUCGUCUCUGAGCUCUCGAAAGCAUACAGAAAGCAUUGCGGGGAACACAACACCCGGCCGAAGGAGACUGAUUGACUCACUUGGGGUCAGAGAACAGUCAGUUAGCGGGUCAUCACUAAAGGACCCUGGUGACAGUCAAUUAUCUUCACCAAUCGCCACCCAGAGUCCAAUCCGACCAAGGGAGGUCGAACCCCCCAAUACCCCGAUCGAUAAUCAGUUUGGGGGGCCCAAAAUAGAACCCAAUGCCGCGCCGUCGCCCCAUCUUCAAGGCUCGAAGGUCACAUAUGCUCGCCAACGCUCUUUCCUGGAUGAUCUUUCUAUGGCAGGGGGCCCUCCGGCAGGAAUGGAAGAGACAGGCUUGUUAAGUCCUCAAGGACCAACUGCAGCAAUCCCUCGGGCUCGGCUCUUUGCUAUAGAAGAUGUCGCAAACGAUGAUGGGUCUGUUCGAAGCAUUCAUGAGCUCAGACAGGCCGGAGGAAACGCCCGAUAUCGAAGUGCUGUGGAGUCUAUUUUCGAAGACAUCGAAGACAAACACAUUUCUGUAUCAGGUCGAUGCAGUGCAUUGACUCAGAUAUGCGACAAACUACUCGAUCCAAAGCAAGCCAGGCAAUUUGUCGAUUGCGGAUUCGAUAAGAGACUCGUGGACUUUUUGUCCAGGGAUAUGGAUGCAGUCACUGCAACUCUUACCCUUUGCGCAUUUGGCUUAAGCUCCAUGGGUAGGUCUAUGCCAUAUAUCCUCGCGACCGGCGCGUGGCCGAAACUUUUGGAUACGGCUUCUCAGCUCCUGGAUGAUAAAAAAGACAUGUCCGCCAUGAUUCGUGCGCGGGAAAACAAUUUGUCCAAGGCCACACAAGCAAUGAUUCAAGAUAUCCUACCGCGGGUCAAAUCAGUGUUAUUUGAGGGAGACACUAUGUCGAAACUUUCGCCUUGUCUGUUGACGCUUCUCUGCUUGCAGAUGGCCAUUUCAGCAUUCCAGGCGAAGGGUGAGAGUCCCAGCGGUCUUCCUACAUCCUUACUGGGACAAUUGGUCAACCUCUUGCUUUCUGAAAGCCUCAAUGGGGCCCAAAAAAGCCCGGAGAGAUCGCAAGUGCUCAUUUUGGGGCUGACGGUCCUGGAGGCACACACAACGUCGAGCGAUCUUUUCUGGGAAGACCAUCGUGAUAUCUUGAAAUUACUGCCUCAAACCUAUGGCUUGCUUAGGGUCCUCGACGAGUCAGAUGAGACCAGCCAGGAGCUUCAGACUCUCUACAUUCGUGUAAUUUUGAACAUCACCAACAGCAACGGCGGUCUAUGUGAUGAUUAUGCGACACCAGCGAUGAUCGACGGGCUAUCUGAGAUCGUCAUGAGCAGAUUCAAUGAUAUGACCAAGGAGACACUCUCUCAGCCUGAAGGCAAGACUUCCCUUGAUACGGUGAUCCUAGCGCUGGGAGCUCUUAUCAACAUGACGGAACAAAGUGAAACAUCUCGUAGCAUGUUUCUCAAUCUUUCUCGGGGCACGCAGUCCCUUCUUGAUCGACUCCUGGAUUUAUUUUUGGCACAUGUGGAAUCGACUGCCCAGGUAUGUACAACUCACUUCACCCUCCAGCCAGACUGUUGCUUACGAAAAUUCCAGGCCGAUUCCGUCCCUGAGGUCCAUCAUAACGUGGCGGUGGGGUAUUUGGCUGUUCUCCUGCUAUCACUCUGCCUCGAUCGCGACGUACGCCUGCAUGUUAAGGAAGUUCUACACCCCAAAGGCCUGUCAGUGGUCGUGUCAACUGUGGACGAGUUCAUGCAAUAUCACCGAAAGAUUGAACAGGAGCUAUAUCCCAUGCAGGAAAAGAGAGAGGCAGGGGGCUUUCUCGGGCGGCUUCAAGAUCUUGUUGGCCAGAUCCAACUUACUGGGGGGUAA